AUGUUUCCACUACCAUUACAAACUGACAAACCAACUGAAACACUUGAAUGUGAUAAAAAAACACCAGAUGCACAUGUCCAUAGAGAUAAUCGAUUGAUUCGACUUACUGGUAUUCAUCCAUUUAAUUGUGAGCCUCCACUUAGCUUACUAUAUGAUAGUGGAUUUCUCACUCCUAUUGAAUUAUGGUUUGUACGAAAUCAUGGUGCUGUUCCUGAACUACAAGAUUCAGAAGUAUUGAAUUGGACAUUUACUAUUGAAGGGAUGGUAGAAACACCAUUAACCAUGACUCUACUUGAACUAUUGUCGUAUUCUCAAACAACACUUCCUGCUACAUUGGUUUGUGCUGGUAAUCGACGAAAAGAAGAAAAUAUAGUUCGAAAAAGCAAUGGUUUCAAUUGGGGAAGUGCAGGGCAUAGUACGGCUUUAUUCACUGGAGUUCUAAUGAGUGAAAUUCUAAAAGUUGCUAAACCAAAACAUGGAGCACGAUAUAUGUGUAUGGAAGGUGCUGAUAAACUUCCUAAUGGUUACUAUGGAACAAGUAUUCGAUUAUCUACUGCAAUGAAUCCUGCUAUGGGAGUUAUGCUUGCACAUAAGAUGAAUGGCGAACCGUUAACACCUGAUCAUGGACGUCCAUUACGUGUUGUUAUUCCGGGACAAAUUGGUGGACGAAGUGUUAAAUGGUUGAAACGAAUCAUAAUUACAGAAAAACCAAAUGAUAAUUGGUAUCACCUGUUUGAUAAUCGUGUAUUACCAAAUAUGAUUACACCGGAAAUCGCUGCAGAACAGAAACAUUGGUUUCAUGAUGAACGAUAUGCUAUAUACAAUAUAAAUGUACAAAGUGCUAUAUGUUAUCCAGCUCAUGAAGAAAUCAUAAAAGUUGAAGAAAAUAAAUCUUAUGCUCUACGAGGCUAUGCAUUAAAUGGUGGUGGUAUUCGCGUUGGAAGAGUUGAAAUAUCGUUAGAUCAGGGUCAAACAUGGAAAUUAGUUGAUAUUAAUUAUCCAGAAGAUCAAUAUAGAAAUGCUACGAAUUUUCCGAAUCUAUAUGGUGGAAUAUUAGACAUGGCAAAUCGUGAACAUUGUUUUUGUUGGUGCUUUUGGAAAAUUGAAAUUCCAAUUAUGGAAUUAUUUUCAGCAAAAGAUAUUGUUGUUCGAGCUAUGGAUGAGCAUAUGAAUAUUCAACCACGAGAUAUGUAUUGGAAUGUUCUAGGUAUGCUUAAUAAUUGUUGGCAUAGAUUGACUAUUACUAAAGAAUCAGAUGGACAGUAUUUAAAAUUUGAUCAUCCUACUGUACCAGCCUUAACAAAAGGUGGUUGGAUGGAAAAAGUAAAAGAACAAGGUGGUGAAUUAACUGAUGGUGUUUGGGCUAGUCGAUCUUCAUCAUUGACUGAUUCUCAUUCGAGAUAUUUGUCACUAUCGACUGUUAAGAUGACGAAUGAUGAUGUUAAUCGUAUUAUUACUGAAGAAGAAUUAGCAAAACAUGAUAAAAAUGAUGAUGCUUGGUUUGCUGUCAAUGAAAACGUCUAUGAUGCUACAGAUUAUCUAAAAGAGCAUCCCGGUGGUUUUCAUUCAAUCGUUGCAGCUUGUGGAGGAGAUGCUUCUGAUGAUUUUAUAGCUCUUCAUAGUGAUGUUGCAAAAGCUAUGUUAGUUAAAUAUCAUAUUGGUAUUUACAAAAAAAGUUCAUCGAAACAAUUAAUAAUCGAUGAAUCACAUGGAGAGAUUUUUCUUGAUCAAAAACAUUGGAAGAAGACUGUUUUAAAAAAGAAAAUUAUACUUAAUCAUGAUAGUGUACGACUUACAUUUGCAUUAGAUCAUCCUCAGGAAAAGUUGGGCGCGCCAUUAGGACACUUUCUCUACAUUCGAUGUAUGUCUUCAUCAGGCGAAAAAGUAGUACGAGCAUAUACGCCUCUCUCUGAAUCAGAUCAAUUUGGAGAAUUUGAUUUGGUUAUAAAAUUGUAUAGAAACUGUGGCGAACGACCAGCUGGUAAAAUGUCAUCUUGUAUUGAUUUGUUGAAACCUGGUGAUACAAUUGAAUGCAAGGGUCCAUUCGGAGAUUACGAAUUUCAAGACGAAGGAUUUAUUAGAGCAAAAAAUGUUGCUCAACGAAUUAGCCAAUUGACAAUGGUUGCUGGUGGAAGUGGAAUUACGGCAAUUUAUCCGAUCUUGCGAUUUGCUCAUAGAGAAGGGAUCAAAUGUCGUGUAAUUGAUUGUAACAAUACAGAAGAAGAUAUUCUUCUGCGAGAACAGUUGAACAAUUUUGAUGAAGUACAUCAUUGUCUGAUGCAUCCAAGUGAUGAAUGGAAAGGAUAUUCUGGAUAUAUAUCUCAAGAUUUGAUAGGACAGAUUCAUGAUGGUUACUUAGUAUGUUGUGGACCAACCAGAAUGCUGGAUAGCAUUCGUAAGAUUGCAGAAGAUGGUGGUUGGGACAUGCAGAAACAAGUUAUUUUGUUAUAA